GUGAAGCUCGUGUGUACCGGCGAGACUGACAAGCUGACUGCAGAAGAAAGGCAUAAGUAUCGACGCCACCCGCUGCGGCAGCAGGCAGUCCGGCUGGCCGACCGAAUCAGUCGCCUGAUCUGGAACACACUGAGCCAAAGCAGACAGCGAUGGUGGCGACCGGCGCAGGUCAUGGACAUGAUCCAAGACGUGCUCCAGGUCCAGCUCCACUUCGUCGAGAAGGAACAGCUCGCGCAGUCCCUAGGAGAAAAGUGCCUUAUCGUAGACACCCGAACCGGCCUCAGCAAUGAGCCGCAGUUUCCAGAUGCAAACACAACAGCCGAUCCACUACAGGAACUAACAAGCUCCAGCCCCAAGCAUCAUGACUUGCUGAACCGUGCCGCAGCGCUCUCGUGGCAGCUGGAGCCCAGCUUCGCUGCCGCGAGUCGUCGCCAACAGCAUCGCACAGGUUUCAUGUCAGCGAGCAUGCCCCGCAUUACGCUGAAACAAUACCUGCAGCAUCUGUACCGGCAACUCAUGACUCGAGACCUUGGCGAAGCGACACCUUUGCCCUGCAGCGUCCUGAUCACCGCAGCUGCGCUGCUGCAGCGACUCCAACACGCUGCCCCGGAAGUCUUCAAUCCUUUCAGCCUGCACCGCCUCUGGGCCACGGCAUUCACGCUAGCAUACGCGUGGCUCGCAGAUCUCUCCAUUCACUGGCCCACAAUGGCAGCGCUGACAGGCUACCAAAACGGUCUGGAGCUCGAGCGCACGACGGCCCUCUUCCUGCAGCUGAUCGACUGGCGCUGCUUCGUCUCGCAAGAAACCUACCAGCUGAC